UAAAUAACUAGUAAAUAAGUAGUAUAUUUUAUAUCUAAACAAGUCACUAACACUUGUUGCGUUCUUUUCGGUUUUGAAACAUGUCUAUAUUUAAAUGUAAUAGUGAUUAAUGGUUAUAUGUCAAUUUUCUCUUUUUCAUCUGCAGAAAAAGUUACAAGCUGCAAUUAAGGAUUCUGUGUCUGAAAAUGAGGCAUUUCAGAAAGUAUUUGGAAAAGAACAACAUGGAUAUGUCCGUAGCAUGGGACUUGGAGUUACACCAUCUCAGAUUAAUAGAUCUAUGAGAUCAGUAUCUUCUUCUGCAGAAAAUGAAAAAAUAAAGGAAAUGCAAGAAGAAAUUAAUGCACUUAAAGAAAAGAAUUCAAAAAUUGAUGAAUUGAUGGAGGCAAUCGCAUUCUUAAAGCAAAGGGACAAUGCUAAGACAAAGGAAAUUGAACUUUUAAGGCAAAUUCAAAAUUCUAGUGGAAGACAGGGAUUGGAAUCACCCACUGAUGGUAGACGUUCAUCUGAGUCUAGCUACCGAAUUGCAGAUAAUGGAUCAUCAAAAAGGACAAAUUAGACUUUGAUAUGAUUUAAUUAGAUUUUGAAGUUUUUAGUAUAUUUUUUGCAUAAUGAUACUUAUUAUUAUUAGAUUAGAUUUUAAUUUAUUUUUGAUUUUGUUUACUAUAUGACAUUAUUAUGUAACUCGCAUUUUACAUGAUUAUGA